AUGGCCUCGACCUCGACCAACGCCGAUGCCACUGCUGCGCUAGACGAACUCAAGCCUCCCGUCGGCGUUGUUCUGCCCCCCCGCGAAAUUCGAAAUGUUCUCGAGAAGACGGCAGGCUACGUCGCACGCAAUGGUCUGAUUUUCGAGGACAGGAUUCGUGAGAAGGAGCGCUCCAACCCAAAGUUCAGCUUCCUGAACAAUUCCGAUGCCUAUCACGCGUUCUACCAAUGGCGACUUGAUGAGAUCAAGGCCGGUCGCGGCACCGCUAUCGCUGCUGGCCGUGCCAACGAAGCCGCGACACCUGCCGAACAGAAGCCUAAGGGCCCACCCAAGCCUCCUGACUUUCAGUUCUCUGCUCGCAUGCCUCGUAUCAACCAAAAGGAUCUCGAGGUCAUCCGCCUGACUGCACUUUUCGUCGCCAAGAACGGCCGCCAAUUCAUGACCCAGCUUGCCCAACGCGAGGCUGGCAACCCCCAGUUUCAGUUCCUCAUCCCUAACCACACAUUCCACAACUUUUUCCAGCACCAGGUAGACCAAUACACGACAUUACUGAGGGCUAGCGGACUGGGCGGUGAAGGAGGCAAGUUGGAGCAAGAGCGUAUUGCUCAUCUCCAGCAGAACAUCGAUGACAAGUACCAUGUCCUGAGCCGUGCAAAGCAACGCGCCGAAUACUCCAAGUUCCAGGAAAUUGAAAAGCAGAAGAAGGAGGAAGAAGACGAGAAGAAGAAGCUUGAAUUUGCACGGAUCGACUGGAACGACUUUGUGGUUGUCGAGACAAUCGUUUUUACCGAUGCCGAUGAACAUGCGAACCUGCCGCCUCCGACGAACCUCUCCGAGCUGCAAUACGCGUCACUUGAGGAAAGAAACAAGGCUUCAAUCACCAACCUCCGUAUUGAGGAGGCUAUGCCGACUGACGAAGAGACAACUUUCAACGCUUACCCGCAGACCUCCCACUCCCAGACUUUGCCAGUACACACGGGGUAUGCGCCUCAGCAGCCUCAGCAGGCGCAGGCUCCGGCGGGACACCAGCCGUACCAGAACGGUCCCUCGCAGCAUUCGGCAGAGGAGGAGGAGGAGGAGCGGAGGAUCCAAGAGAGAACGGAAGCGCGUGCCCGGGAGCAGCAGGCGCGGGCUGAGGCACGUGGUGGCUCUGCUCCAAUGAAAAUCAAGGAGAAUUACGUGCCAAGAGCACUCCAACGGGCGGCCAACAAGCAAAGUGUUCAGAUGGCGCUAUGUCCAAACUGCAAGCAGCAGAUCCCCAUGGAUGAGCUUCAAGAUCACAUGAGAAUCGAACUUUUGGACCCCCAAUGGAAGGAUCAAAAAGCAAAGGCAGAGGCAAGAUAUGCCACGACCAACUUGUCCACGGCUGACGUCGCGAACAACCUGAAACGCCUAGCAAGUCAGCGAAGCGACGUGUUCGACGGCGUUACCGGCCAGCCCUUGUCGGAAGAAGAAGCCUCCCGGCGCAAGAAAGCCGCGAUUCACAGCUUUGAUGGUAACCCCGACGGAAAGAGCCAAGCACACAUCAACCACCUGCACAAUCUGAACGUCGAGGAGCAAAUCCGGGCUAUUCACCAGAGGUUUGCCGACAAGAAGUAG